CUCCGUGGAGGCUGUGGCUAUUGCCGUCACCCCAGAAUCUCCAACUGUACCUGUUGACACUGCCAAAAAGGAUAUCGUAUUCCUUCUGGAUGGUUCUGAUGGCACAAGGAAUGGCUUCCCUGCCAUGCGUGAUUUUGUUGAGAGAGUGGUGGAGAAACUCAAUGUGGGAGAAAACAAAGACCGUGUCUCUGUGGUCCAGUACAGCAGAGAUGCAGAGGUCCAUUUCUAUCUGAACACAUACAACACAAGAGAGGAUGUUAAGGAUUCGGUCAGAGGGCUGAGACACAGAGGAGGCAGACCCCUCAACACCGGGGCAGCCCUCCAGUAUGUCAGGGACAACGUCUUUACAAACUCCUCGGGGAGUAGGCGCCUGCAGGGCGUUCCACAGAUGUUGAUCCUGCUAAAUGGUGGAAGGUCUUUUGACAAUGUAGAUACCCCAGCUGCUGCUCUCAAACAGCAGGGCACUGUUGUGAUUGGCAUUGGAACAAGGAGCUCUGACAGUCGAGAGCUGCAGAAGAUAUCGUAUGACCCUAGUUUUGCUCUGUUAGUGUCUGAGUUCACUGACCUCCCCGGUGUCCAAGAAAAGCUCUCUUCUGUAAUGAGCACAGUGCGAGUGAGGCCCACGCCCACAACAACAACAACAACAGUGACUGUGGAGAAACAGCCAACUGGAAGGGACUUUGUGUUCUUGUUGGAUGGAUCUGAUGGUACUAGAGUGGGAUUCCCAGCUAUGCGAGACUUUGUCCAAAGAGUAGUAGAAACACUCAGUGUGGAUGACAACAAAGACCGUGUGUCAGUGGUUCAGUACAGCAGAGAUCCAGCUGUCCAGUUCUAUCUGAACACAUACACAACCAAAAGCGAGAUCCUUGACACUGUCAGAGGUUUGAGGCACAAAAGCGGAAGACCCCUCUAUACUGGAGCAGCUCUCCAGUACUUGAGGGACAAUGUCUUCACGGCCUCUGCCGGAAGCAGGCGCCUGGAAGGAGUUCCACAGGUCCUGAUAUUGCUAAGUGGUGGAAAG